AUGUCUCAAAAAACUCUUUUAUUGGAUGAGGUGGGCAAGCCAUUGAUCGUGGGGGACCGUCUAAUCCCGCAGCCUGGCAAGAACCAGUUACUGGUCAAGGUCCUUGUCGCUGGCCUAAAUCCUCAUGACCAAAGAACCCGCGACGCUGGCCUCUAUGUCACGAGCAUGCCAUACGUCCUUGCUAACGACCUGGUCGGAGAAGUCGUGACUGCGGGAACCGGAGAAUAUUCUGCCAAGUUCACCCUUGGAGAGCGUGUUUUUGGUCACACCUUUGCCGAGGGGGGCUUCCACAAUGACUUCAACGGAGCAGUGGCCAGCAGCGGGCUGAGCGAUGAUGAGGCAUCUACAAUACCCGUCAUAGUGUUGGCUGGCUUUAUUGCCCUUUUCGCGAGCUCUGGUCAUGGCUUGCCCCCACCUUUCUCACCCGAAGCAAAGUCUUUCGACUUUGCCAGCGUCACCCUUCUUGUCAUUGGAGGCGGCUCCAACACCGGACGAGCCGUAGUUGAGCUCGCCAAGUUGGAUGGAAUAGGCCGAAUCAUCGCAAUUCGUGCCAUCACGGGGGAUGAGUUAAUAUAUGUGGUUGACACGGUCAAUGCGGGCGUGGAACAAGAGCUUGGUGUCGCGGCGCUAUCAAACACGAAGAAGGGCACCUUGAUCACUCUUCGUCGACCCGACGGAGACUUUGACACUGCUCGUAUAGGUUCCAAGUCCGCGGGGUAUGAACGGCGCCUUGUGCUUGGCGUAUCUCCGGUGCACCCAGACGUGACAAUGGGGUUCUGGGAAGAGGUUCCUCGAUGUUUUGAGGUUAUCAAGGGUUUAAACGCGGAUGCUGUCAAUAAGGCGUUGGACCAAUAUCGAGAUGGAAAGGGGGCGAAGAUGAAUAUCCACCCUUGGGAAUGA